GUUUAUUUUUAUCGCGUUUGAAACGCGUCAUUCUUUUGUAUCCAUAGUAAUGUAGAAUAGAUUUAGUCAUGUUUAUUUGAUUGAUUGGCUGAUAUCCCUUUUUGUUUUCCCCAGAAUCUUCUCUUUUUUUUUUUCUUUUGUCUUAUUUGUAUAUAUGUCUGCUAAAUUACCAGAGUUUCCUAAAGAACAUUAUCCAGAUGACUUGGAAUUAAAACUAUUGCAAAUAGUGCAUCGCCAUGGUGAACGUGCACCUGUCAGAAGACGAUUAGAAAAACUAGUUCCUGCUGUUUGGAAUCUAUGUGAUGCCAAUGCAUCCAUGUUUGCCACUAUUGCUGAAUUCAAUCGACAAAAAAUAACCCAUCAUCAUGUACCUGUCGAAAGAGUCUUGGAGACAGACACAACAGAAAGUAAACAAGUCCCUAUUCCUUCAGGCGGAUGUUACUAUGGCCAAUUGACAACACUAGGAAGAUAUCGAAUGAAUACAUUGGGUCAACAUCUUCGCGCAUUUUAUAUUGACAAAUUAAAGUUUCUGCCUGAUGUCUAUGAUGAAGAGACUACCUAUCUUCGUAGUUCUGAUUAUCCUCGUACACAAGAAUCUAUUCAACAAUUAGUAGGAGGUGGUCUUUAUCCUCAAGACAAGCGACCUAUGGAUUUUACUGGAUUCCAACUUCGGGUUCGUGAUCCAAGAGACGAUCUGAUGUUUCCUAAUCCCAUGUGUUACAAACUACGUUCUCUAUCCAAACAAUUUACUCAAAAAGUAGCUGAACUCACUCAAGAACAAUGCAAGUCCAUCUCAGACCGUCUAAGGGACCAUGUAGAGGAUGUUUCAUUGACCAGUCAUCCUUCUGCCAAUGGUAUCCUGGAUACGUUGGUAGCAGCCAAGGUCCAUGGCUAUGAUUUGCCUCAAGAAAUAGAUGAUCAGUUACUACAUGAUCUGGAAGAUGUGGUUGUCAAGGAAUGGUUUUAUGGUGCUAUGGUCUCUGCUGAUGUACGUCGAUUAGGCCUGGGUCGAUUGAUGGGUGUCAUUCGUGAUCGUAUGGUACGUAAACAAGAACAAAGAGAAAAGACCAAAUUGGCUGUCUAUUCUGGUCAUGAUACUACGGUAGGACCAUUGUUGAUCUUAUUAAAUGCAUUUGAUCAAAGAUGGCCACCUUUUGGUAGUGCAGUCUUGUUUGAAUUGUUUCAACAGACAUCUACACAACAACACUUUGUACGUGUCAAAUACAAUGAAAAGACAUUGAAAUUACCUGGCUGUCAAUCUAAAGGAAAUCAUAAAGAAGGAGAUCCAACUUUAUGUACUCUAGAAGCAUUCAAGGCCAUUGUACAAGAUCAAAUACCUAUGGAUUGGGAAAAAGAAUGUAAUUGAGUGUCACCUUUUUUUUUUUUUUUUUGUGUGUGAGUAUUCUGACUUUAAAAAUAAAUAAAUAAAAAGUGAAAAAGUAAAAAGCUAU